GCCAUUCGCCUGUGUCCAUCCAUCGCCACCUUCUGGACCAACCGCGCUCUCUGCCACCGGAAGCGAGGCGACUGGCUAUUGGUGGAGCAUGACUGUGUGCGGGCAAUCGAACACGACAAGAAGUCUGUCAAGGCACACUUCUACCUGGGAACGGCCCUCACAGAGCUCGCUCGCUACCCCGAGGCUGCUCAUGUGCUCGAAAGGGCGGUCGAGAUCAUACGAGAUGACGAGGUGCUGGGCAGCAGCAGAGGGAACUUGAAUGACGUCUGGAACGCCAUGGCCACUGCCAGGUACCGGCAGUGGGAGGUGGAAUCGUCGAUGCGAAAGAGGAAGCAGCAGCAGCUGAGGGCUUUCCUUGGAGAGCUGCUGAAGGAGCAAUUGCAGGCAGAUUUGGCUGCGAUCACAGGUUCUAAACCUCUGCUGAUCCAGCAAGAUGCCCUUCAAACCCUUGACGCGCUAUCGAGGGACGACCCUUCCUCUUCCUCCCCCUCCUCCACCCCUCCACAGUCACCUUCGUUACAGUCACAUACGUUAAUCAAUGCCACGUCAGCAACAAGAGAAGCUGGCACGUCAGCAGGUUCAGGAGGGGCGGAGCAAGGGCCGCUAUCCCCUCAGAUGCCGAGAGGGGGGUGCUUCUCCUCCCAGGGGUUUCCAGGCAGCUGCUGCUGCCCCUCCGUGCCCCGAGCGCCGAACACCACCAGUGCCCCCCCUGUAGCAACAGCAGCAGCAACAACAGGAGGAGGAGGAGCAGCAGCAGCAGCAGGAGGAGGAGCAGCAGCAGCAGGAGGAGGAGGAGGAGCAGCAGCAGCAGCAGCAGCAGCGGCGGCUAGGGCGUCUGCUACUGCGUCAGCAGCAGAACUAGGGGAAUCAGCAGCAUUAUCAGUAAGAGGAGAAGGAGAAGCAACGGCAGUGGCAGUCCCGACCAUUGCAAUGCUUGGUGGUGUUUCUCCCAGGGGUUCCCGGGCAGCUGUUGCAAUGCUUGGUGGUGCAGGGAUGGACAGAUGUGAAAUCGACGCAGCAAAUGGUUCAUCAGCGAAUGGUUCAGCAGGCAUAGCAGCAGACGAUGUAGGGGCAGCAUUAGCAGCACCAGGACAGCUACGGCCUGCAGAGAGGAGUGACUAUAACGAGGAUGGAGUGGGCCGGCGUUGCUGGAGUGACUCAGCUGGGUCUGGUUCUGGGUUCACUCAGGAACAGUGUGACUACAACGAAGGUCAGGCCAGAGAGGCCAGCCUCCUGUCAAAAGAGGGUGCCACAUCAGCCGUAGAUGCCACGUCAGCAGACAAUGCCACGUCAGCGGGGCCUGCAGCUGGGGAUGCAGCAGAGGAUGCGACAGCAGUGGAGGAGGCGGCCUCUCUGCUGCUCCAGUCGUACAUUGAAAAGGCAGAGGCGCUGAGCAACGUGUUUACUCUAGCACAGGCAGAAGACACUCCUGGCGAGCUACCAGAGCACCUGUCGUGUCGCAUCAUGCUCGACAUUCUCCGCGAUCCCGUGAUAACACCGAGUGGAGUGACGUACGAGCGAUCGUCAAUAGAGGAGCACCUUAAAGCG